GUUGGUGUUGAAAGUGUACUUGUGAAUCAUAGACAAUAUUAACUUUUUAAAAUGAAAGACUUCGGUCAGUUCUGGGGCCGAGUGGCGGGUCGGCGAAUUUCCGGUGUCAACACAGAGUUGAAAGAGAUCGGUAACAAUCGAUUAACGAAAGGCGAUUUUGACACAUCGACUUUCGAAUCGAAUCUCGCCGAGUGCGAGGGAUUGAACAAUAAGUUUGAGGACUUUGAGUUCAGUGAGAGGAAAGAUGCGAUUAUCAAUCGAUUAUUCGAGAGGAGAAGACAAGGACAGCUGACCAGGCAACCGAAAUGUCUGUUUAUACUCCUUAUGCUGGGUUUCUUCGCAAUCGGAGCCGGCUGUUUCAUCCUCAUAGCACAUCCCUACGAAUUUCUAUUCAAACAGAAAGUGGUUCUCCAAGAUGGCGGCGAGAUUUUCGAAAUGUGGAAGAAACCGGAAGUGGACCUGUACGUCCGGAUAUUCCUUUUCAACGUGACGAAUGCCGAAGACUACAUGGCGGGCAGGGCCGAGAAGAUCAUCGUGAAAGAAGUGGGGCCGUAUGUUUACAAAGAAGACCUAGAACAUAAGAUAGUAAAGUUCAAUGACAACGGGACGAUAUCCGCCAUCCCCCGCCACCCCCUCACGUGGGUCGAUGAACUCUCGGAGGGGAACAAGGAAGACGAUCUUCUGUAUCUGCCUAACAUAGCUUUACUGAGCAUAGCAGACGUAGUAGCGAAACAGUCCAUGCUAACCCGCUUCGGCCUGAACAACAUCAUAUCCAUCGGGAACAUACAGCCCCUGGUUCAGAUGACAGCUAAAGAGUUCAUGAUGGGGUACAAGUCCAACCUCAUGACGCUGGGCAACACUUUCAUGCCCGGAUGGAUAUACUUUGACAAGCUCGGACUUAUUGAUAGGAUGUACGACUUCGAAGGCGACUACGAGACCAUCUACACCGGCGAGGCCGACGUCCGGGACUCCGGCCUCAUCGACACGUAUCGCGGGUCCAAAGACCUCCCCCAAUGGCAGGGGACCCAUUGCUCUAAUGUGCAAGGGGCGUCAGAUGGCACGAAGUUCAGAGGAGGCGUUACGAGGAACGAGUCACUGCUGUUCUUCAGGAAGAGUUUGUGCCGCGCUGCGCCUUUGGUCCCAGUGGAAGAAGGAGUGAAGAGUGGCCUGAAAGCCUACAUGUACACAUUCCCCGAACAUCUGUUCGACAACGGCAAACAUAUACCAGAAAACCAGUGCUUCUGUAGAAAUGGCCGCUGUCUCCCCGAAGGCCUGAUCGACGUGACGGAGUGCUAUUACGGGUUCCCUAUCGCGCUGUCCUACCCCCACUUCUAUAAGGGGGAUGACGUACUCUUCAAUAAGGUGGAAGGACUCAGUCCCAAUAAGGAGCUGCAUGAGACGAGAUUCUGGAUCCAGCCUGAAUCCGGUCUUCCCCUCGACGUCAGUGCCAAGAUCCAAAUCAAUAUGGCGCUCGGAGACAUCAGCAAAAUCACCAACGCUGACCGCUUCGCCAAUUUAUACCUACCCAUGCUCUGGUUUGAUAUUAGAAUGUACUCUCUCCCGAAGUCCUUAGAAGACCGCUUCAAGAUGUACCUAAACGUUCUCCCAUUAGUAGAACAAGGGGCACUUUACGUUCUCUUCUUAACUGGAUCCCUCCUCAUCCUCCUGACCAUCUACCGGCUCGCCUUCAAGAUCAUGUUCAAGACCUUCGACGGUAAGAAGAAGCAGAAAAACUACAUCAUAGCAGCAAACCAAAGGGACAGAGCUAAACAUCAAAAUAUAUACGCUCCUUGCGAAAUAGCUCUCAACGAUGCAGAAUCAGAUAAUUCAGAUCCACAGUUCGAUGAGGAAAGACGGCCGUCGUUCUUCAAAACACACAGUGACAGAUUGAAAGAACUUAGCUAUAGAUUAGGUGAUAAAGUAUACGAUUCAGUCGGGAGCGUCAAAGACAGGGUCACCGAAAUUAUUCACGUGCAAAAAGUUUUCGAUAAUAGAAAGGAUUCGCUUAUAAAUAAAGAUGAAUCUUUAAGUAAUGAUGGUUUUAAAAGUGAUUCUUCUGGAGAUGAAAGGACGGGUAACUACGAAGCAGUGAGACAGUCUGAUAGCGAAGAUGAUUGUAGGUAUUUAGAAGUUCUAGACGAUGGUAGUGAGUUUGAUGAGCCUGUUAACAGAUUCCGUGUAACGAGAGGGUCACAGUUUAAAGAUUUGGAUGCAAAUGAUGAAGUUAUGGUACAGAUUUCCGAUUAGUUUUCUGACGAAUAGAUG